GGCCACCCCACACCUUCUCUCCAGGGCACCGCCUUCCCUGAGUCGUCGUCGGCUGCACCCCACCACACCGCCGUCCCUCUUCCAUCGUCUUCCAUCGCGAUGCCACUCAGCCGAGAAACCAAGAUCCUGAUCACCGGCGGGCUUUCGGCCGUCUUCUUCCUCCUCGAGAUCAUUGUGGGCUACACGACGCAGUCCGUGGCUCUCGUUGCCGACAGCUUCCAUAUGAUUUCAGACGUGGCUGCCCUCUAUGUUGCCUGGUAUGCCAUCAGGCUCGCCACCAAGGCUUACGGCUCCAACUACACUUAUGGAUGGCAGCGUGCCGAGGUGCUCGGCGCCCUCAUCAACGGUGUACUUCUGCUGGCCCUCUGCUUCACCAUCAUCAUCGAAGCCAUCCAGCGAUUCGUCUCUCUGGAACGUCACAUGGACAACCCGUGGCUGGUGCUCAUCGUUGGCGCCGUUGGACUGCUCUUCAACAUCGUCAGUCUCUUUCUGUUUCACGAACAUGGCCACGGCCACUCUCACGGACAUUCCCAUGGCCACUCGCACGAUCAUGGUCACGACCACUCGCACGAUCAUGGUCACGACCACUCGCACGAUCACGAUGAUCAUGACCAUGACCACGACCACGGGCAUAAGCACGAGGACGACAACUCCAAGACCCAGGACAGCAUCUCGCGCUCCAACCACGGCUCCAAGAGCGCCCUGAACAUAAAUCCCACCCCCUCUGACGGCGAGCCCUCCAGCUCCCGCCUGGCUGUUGAAACAACCCAGUCGUUCGAAAGCAUCAUCGACAUCGAUCCCUCCCCGGCACCCAAGAUCCAAAAGGGGCAGUCGCGGCUCAACAUCAUCAACAAAGCCAAGGCCCUCCGAGCAUCCCGAGCGCAUUCGCUCAACAGCGCCGAGAUCGACUCGCCCAAGAAAGAGUCUGGACACAGCCAUCUGAACAUGCGGGGCGUGUUCCUGCACGUCCUUGGCGAUGCACUGGGCAGUGUCGCUGUCGUCAUUAGCGCCCUGGUCGUCAUUUUCUGCGAGGGAGACUGGAAGUACUAUAUGGAUCCCGCCUGUUCGCUGUUGAUUUCGGGCAUCAUCAUCCACUCGACUGUCCCGCUGGUUCAAAGCGCAUGCUACAUCCUGCUGCACGGUGUUCCGCAGUCGAUCAACAUUGACGAUGUCAAGACCAAGAUAUCUGAGAUCCCGGGGAUCGUCGGCAUCCACGAUCUGCACAUCUGGCAGCUGUCCGACACCAAGGUCAUUGCGUCGGUCCACAUUCGUGUCAAGGACCAAAUCGAACGGGUCGAGACCAAGCAUCUGCAAGUCGUUGCCAGCAGCUCCGAGAUCAGGCAGCAAACCGAGAGCGAGAGCAGCUUUAUGAACAUUGCCGGCCAAAUCAAGGUUCUGCUGCAUUCCGUUGGCGUCCACUCGACCACGAUCCAACCCGAGUUUGUCCGGCCCAGCUCACCCAGUGGAAGUGCGAGCCAACCCAAUCCAGACGUAUCGGUAGACGCCUGUCUGCUGCAGUGCGUGAGCGCCGAGUGCAACGCGCAAGUUUGCUGCCCUUCGCCGCGGCCGCUGAUUCGAGACUCGCAGAACGGCGAGUCCGACCACCCCGGCGAAAGCCAUGACCACCACAACCAUGAUCAUGAUCAUGAUCACGACCACGACCACGAUAGCAACCACAGCCACGAUAGCAACCACAACCACGCGUAGCCCUCAUCGUAUCCUCCGAUUUUCUUCUCCACUGAUUCACGACCUUCCUCUGUGGACACGACGUGCACACCACCAAAAAUCACAUAUGCCCAGACGGAAUCUACAGCGCACCCAAAA